AUGUCACCUUGCAAAUCCGCCAUCCUAUCCGCCCUCCUCCUCGCAGCAUCAGCAUCCCUCACCACCGCCGCCCCAACCUUCCCAACAAACAACGGCUCCUGCUUCGAGCUCCAAGCCACCGCCCACUACGACAUCAACACCCCCAUCGACAACGGCGAUCCCCAUUGGUUGGCACACUGGGUCGUCCUCCGCUCAGACGGCUCCGUCGCCUACGACCGCGGGCCCACGAAUAACACCGGCUCGUACAUCCACAGCUAUCCCGGCGACCCGAUCCUCGACUUCGAUUGGAACUUCGCGAACAAUAUGGCAUCGUUCCAGUGGUACAAGGAUCCGAUUGAUAAUCAAACUAGUCUCGACUUCGUCUUCGAAGGCAAUUCGACAUGGCAGUGCUCUUCGUGCAUGGGCUGUGCGUCUUUUGCGAAUGCUAGCAGCUCGGCGUGUAUUGAUCUUCUUGUGAUCUUCAUCUCAGAGUCAUCGGUACACUUUCAGCGGCUUCAGCUUGCUACUACCCGUAGUUUGUUACUAUUCGAGAGGAAUGAUAUGCACAUCACCCCGUUUUGA